AUGGCCGAAGUGAAUGAAAGAAUUCAGACGGUGCCUCAGUGCGCGCCCCAGCCGCUGGCACCGUCGAUGUCCUCAUCAUGUACGACAACGCCGCAGUCGCCGACUAUUGCAAGCGGUGGGCUGAGGUUGGGACUCGGGGUUGGUAACUUUUUAGACGGACAUCCUACAACAAAUAGUCUCAAGCAACAACAGCAGCAGUCAGCGAAUACUGCACAAGAACUUAAUGCUAGUGGUGAUAUAUGCGUUCGACUGAUUUCCACUGAUCUGCUGACUGGCAUCCAGAGAGAAGAGCGUGUCAUUGCGCAUCGUUUAGUGUUAUCUGCAUCAUCCCCGUAUCUGCGUGGAUUGGUUGAUCAUGCCUCCAACUCGACCUCAUCAGUAACCAGUCUUCUACCAAUUAUACCAACGAUUGAAGUCAAUUUUGGUACACUUCCGAAUGCAGCACAAGCCUUCAAAAUUAUUCUCAAUUUUUUGUAUAGCGGAGAAUUUGAUCUUGAAUCGGUUGAUCCAUUUCAGGUGCUACAAGUAUCACGUUUGUGUCAAAUAGUGACCGCGGAGUUGCGUCUCACAUCGAUUCUGACACAGAAUUUGAUGCGAAUUCAAGAAGAUAAACUCAAAAAUGCACAGUCGUCAUUUCUGUCAUUGAUGCACACCGCAAUUCCACCGACUUCUGUUGAAUUUAAAUGAUCGAUAACAGCCAGAACAACAAUAAGUUCGCCUUCAAAUCGAAAUUGCUCAUCGUCAUCCUCAUCAAACGCUACAAAAGAUAAAACUUCUGAAGUAAUUGUACCAUCAAACGAUAAAGAAGGUCCGUCCAUGCGACCGUCCGCUCAGUCGAUUUUACCUCCUACUUCUUAUCAGAAACCACCGAACCAAAGAUCUCGUGAUCCUAUCUUGACCUUGUAUCUUGGUCUUGAACUUAUUUUCAUCAAUCCAUUCAUCCAGUUGUUGCUGAUUACGACUAGUUGGUGCAGAAACAAGAAAUACAUCGAACGGGUCUCGAAUGGAUUCAUGUGUACGGUGUGUCGUAAAGUAUACGGUAGAUACAAUUCCGUGUCGUAUCACGUAACAAUUUAUCAUCGAAAUCCACCAAUCAAAUGCGACGAAAACGGUUGUUGUCGCAAAUGUCCGUUCUGUAGACACGUCUCGAAGAGUCCAGCGAUGCUCGAAAAGCAUAUCGGACGUCAUAUACCGGAUUGUAGUCGAGACGGAGCACUUCAAUAUCGAUGUCCAAAGUGUGCAACGACAGCCGAAACGCAGCGUGAAAUAUACGAGCAUAUUUUGCAACAUCAAGAAACCACUUUACAGUGUGAUCAAUGCAAUUACAGAGGACGAACGCCAAGCAGUUUGGAUCAACAUAAAUUAUUCAAGCACAGUAAAGAGAUGUUCAAAGAGAAAUUGGAAUGUGUGGAAUGUAAUUUCAAAUGUGUUACCUCGGAUGGUCUCCUUUACCAUUAUGAACGUAUGCAUCGUUUGAACACAACAAGGUGCAGUGCUUUCUAUUGA